CUGCCUGUUCCAGGUUAUGAACUUUCCCGCCGUGAAGGAAUACAAGGCUCACCGGAAAAACCAUUAUCCGAUCUUGGAGCAGCUAGCUUUCGUCAUUACUGGGCGUACAUCAUUGUUGACUACCUCUCCGGCUUUAUGGAUACAGCUUGGAUACGAGUUUCUGAAUUGGCGAAAAGUCUAGGUAUGCAAGCUGCGGACGUCGUGGACACUCUUCACUGGCUGCAACUCUGCGAUCCAGCAGUGAUGGCUGAAGCGCCAGAUGACCUCGAGCUUUGGGUUCACGUUUAUAUAAAGCAUCUGGAAUCACUACGAAGUCGAGCUGCAAGACCGCCUCGUUUGAUGUUGAAUGCGCGUUUGCUUCAUUGGCGUCCCAAUAUUUAG